AUCUGCUUCUACAUUCAGCUGUGCACGAGUGUGUGUAAACAUGAAGGGCUUGUGCUGUGUGCUGCUGUGUGUCAGUCUGGUCUUUCUGUCUGUGACGAACUGUCAGUCACCUGUGGAGACCGACACUUACACGGAGUGCACAGAUGGCUAUGAGUGGGAUGCGCAGAGCCAACAUUGUAAAGACAUAAAUGAGUGUGAGACGAUUGCAGAGCCAUGUCAGGGGGAGAUGAAAUGCUUUAACCACUAUGGUGGUUACCUGUGUCUACCUCGCUCUGCCUCUGUCAUCACUGCCCCUGAGCCCUCUAGCCAGUCAGAGUCGGGUCUUCCUGUGGUGUCCACUGGGGCUUUCAGUCCCUGUCCUGUGGGCUAUGAGGCCCAGGGAGAGAGCUGUAUAGAUAUAGAUGAGUGUGAACUGGGCCUGCAUGACUGCCAGCCAAGUCAGCACUGCAUUAACACGCUCGGAACAUACACCUGCCAGUGUUCUGAUGGCUACAGAAAGAUAGGCCAGGAGUGUGUCGAUAUUGAUGAGUGCACGUACCGCUACUGCCAGCAUCGCUGUGUCAACUAUCCUGGAUCUUUCUCCUGCCAGUGUGAGCCAGGCUUCCAGCUGGCAGGGAACAACCGCUCCUGUGUGGAUGUAAAUGAAUGUGAAAUGGGAGCACCAUGUCAGCAGAGGUGCUACAACACAUAUGGGACAUUUCUGUGUCGCUGUGAACAGGGAUACGACCUCGACCCUGAUGGCUUCACAUGCAAUGACAUUGAUGAGUGCAGCUACUCCAGUUACCUGUGUCAGUUCCAGUGUGUGAAUGAACCAGGCGUAUUCUCCUGCGUGUGUCCGCAGGGAUAUCAGCUCCUCGGCUCACGCCUCUGCCAAGAUGUGAAUGAGUGUGAGUCAGGCACCCAUCAGUGUGCAGAGGGACAGAGCUGUGUGAAUAUCCAUGGCGGAUACCAAUGUGUGGACUCCAAUCGCUGCCGAGAUCCCUACAUCCAUGUUUCAGAGAAUCGAUGUGUGUGUCCGACGGUGAAACCAGAAUGCCGUGACCUGCCUUUCUCCAUCGUGCAUCGCUACAUGAGCAUCACCUCUGAACGCUCCGUGCCCUCCGAUAUCUUCCAAAUCCACGCCACUAGUGUCUACCCUGGAGCCUACAACACCUUCCACAUCCGGUCUGGGGAUGAUGGAGGAGACUUUUACAUCCGGCAAAUCAAUAACGUCAGUGCCAUGUUGGUUCUGGCUCGGGAAGUCAGCGGACCCAGAGAGUAUACUCUGGAUCUGGAGAUGGUGUCCGUCAACCCCUUGAUGAGCUACCAGAGUAGCUCAAUCCUCCGCCUCUCCAUCUAUGUAGGAGCUUACGCUUUCUAGAAAAGAAAAGAAACCAAGGAUAAGAGGGGCAUUGUAAGGUGGUAGGAAAAAUAGAACAACACUCAAGGAUGUCUAAAUAACACUUUCAUAACAUCUUUCUUAAACUUAAUUUUGCUUUCAGGAGUUUUACAGGGUCGUAAUACUUAUCCAUUCCUUAUAGCUACUGAAAUAUCACAUGAAUGGCAUGAAUGGAUAUAGACUACUUUGCAUUUCUUUCAAGAGAUUGAAAUGUCAUGCAUUUAAAUCAGAUAACUGAGGAAAAUGCAUGUCCUUUUUGGUUGUUCAAAUAUGGAGAAUUGAUUGAAAAUAAUACAAUAUAUGCAGACUUUUAUUUGUUUUAAGUCUCUUUGAGGGAACCAGUCAAACAAUGUUUAUAUAAGAUGCAAUGAAUUUGCAACAACUUUCAUAUGAAGUGUUACCAGAAGUAAAGUCAGCGCUGAGAGGUCUGAAAAUUGGUACAGCUGUCUGUGAAAUGAUUCCCCCCUCAGAGUGACUUACUUUAGCCUGAUGAUUCUGGAAUGUGCGAAAUCAUAGGUACAUUCAUUUCUCUCACAUUCUCACCAUAGAUUCACACAUACAGCACACACACACACGUGCACAUGUUUGUCGUACUAUUCUUGUGAGGACCUUCCAUUGAAAUAAUUAUUAUCACAGUUAAUUAAUGCUAUGCUUAAACAUAAACUUAAUCCUAACCUUAACCUCAGUAGCCAAAAGGAAACAUUUAGGCUCUCUUAGUUGUGGUUUUUUUUUUAAAGAAAAUCUGCAGUUUUUGUUUUAAAAAAAGGCAGUUUACCUUGUAAUGUUAAACUGUUACAUAGUUACCAUAAUGUAAAAACUGAACUGUCAGAUUCCUGGGCUUUUUGGGACAUUUGAUCCCCACCAAGAUAUAAAUACAUGCCUACAAACAUUCACACACACACACACACACACACACACACACACACACACACACACUAAACAACUCUUGUUGAUGGACUCUUUAAUGUUAAAUUAUCUCCCAGAGCGUUAAACUAUCUCCGACUAUUUUACUCUUCAGGUUUCUGUGUAUAGUUUGUAUUUGGUAAAGAUCUUUUCUGUAUCUGAGUUUAUUAAAAAACUAACCAGGUACAGUAAACAAAAGAAUCACUCAUAAAAGUCUUACAUGGGGUCCAAUUCUGGAUGAUCACUUAUUUUACAGUAUGUAACUGAUGAUAGAAACAUGAUCAUUCCAAAGAGGGCUGUGUAAAAUAGUUUUCUAUUUGCUGUUUUUCUUAGUUAUCUCAACAGACGAAGUUGUAUCAGAUAUGGGUUUUAGUGGCAAUGAAGUGUCACCAGGUGCUUCUCUGUGUUUUUCCUACUUUCAUUUAUAUUUUAUUAAUUUCACAGAUGCUUUCAUCCAUAGCUGAGCAGAUGAAGGUUAAGGUCUUUGCUCAGGAUCUCAGCAGUGGCUUCUGAUCAGUAGACCAAAUCUUAACUACUAAGCCACUAACGUCUUCCUAUUUUCCUAUAUCUCUUACUGGAAAUUUUCUAUUUAUCAUGUAUAGCAUAUUGAAUAAUAAAUUGUUUGUGCAGUUUGUCAUUAGAUAAUAGAAAAAAACAUAAUUGCCUGCAUUUAUACCUUCAUUAAAAGAUCCAGAUUAAAUAAAUAUGCUUUUUUUUAACCCA